CAAAUGGAUAGAGUUAAGAUAAAAAACGCCUCUUUUUCAACUUUGUGAUGACCCCACCGCCAGCUCCGCCAAUCCCUUCUCCCUUCUCCGGUUCUCCCCCGCCAUCCCUCACUUUCUUUUCUCCCCCUCCUCUCUCUCCUCCCCUUCCUCUGGAAGUCACUUUCUUCUCUCCCAGAUCCACUCUUCCAAGCUCGAGUUUGAUUCUUCUCCGAGUUCUUGAUUUUUUUUCCCCUGUUAUCUUCUUAGAGUUGUUUCUUGCUAGAUUUCAAGGCUUCUCUUGUCAUGGCGGUUUCUUUGAGGAAUGGAUUGCGUGUUUCUAGGUCGUUUGAGGUUGGGUUGGAGAGGAGUGAGAGAGAUGUUGGGUCUUUAGAAGUUUUGGCUUGGAAGAACGAGUUUAAGGGAAGGCAGGUUGUGCUCAAGGGACAGAGCGGUUCUGAUGGAUGGAGUCCCAAGGGCCACUCUAAUCCUCAUCCCAUCCACGCUUCAACCUGUAUCUCACGAGCUAUGAGGUGGUGGGAGAAGAGCACCAACCCAAACAUGACAGAGAUUAAAUCUGCACAACAACUUGUGGAUACAUUGUUAAAUGCUGGAGAUAAACUCGUUAUUGUUGACUUCUAUUCUCCUGGUUGUGGAGGUUGCAGAGCUCUGCAUCCUAAGAUCUGUCAGCUAGCAGAGUCGAACUCAAAUGCAUUAUUUCUUAAAGUCAACUACGAAGAACACAAAUCCAUGUGUCAGAGUCUCCAUAUUCAUGUGCUGCCUUUCUUUCGGUUCUAUAGAGGUGCUCAUGGUCGCGUUUGUAGCUUCAGCUGCACCAGUGCAACUAUCAAGAAAUUCAAAGAUGCAUUAGCAAAGUAUGGGACAGAUAGCUGCAGUCUGGGACCUGCAAAAGGCUUAGAAGAAUCGGAGCUGUUGAGUUUAGCUUCAAACAGAGAAAUUGACUUUAUCCAUCCAAUGAGACCCUCAAAAGCUGAGCAUUUAGCUCUCUCAGGCACGGUUUCUUGAAGCAAUCGCUCUCUAGUUGCAGAAGUUGAUGGACUCCUGCGCUUGCAACUGCAAGAGUGCCAUGGUAUGGAGGAAUUCAUCGGUCCGAAACUAGCAGCUUGAUUCUUGCAUCUUGUUUGGAAUUGGUAUGAUUAUUCUGUAAAUGGGACAUGGUAGCUUUUGAUUAGAGCCCCCGUGUUGAAUAAAUCUUUAUGGGAUUAUGUAAGCUCGCGGAAUGUCUUAGUUUUGUUUAUCUAAGCUUGUUGAAGAUCUUAGUUCCACUUGUAUUAUCAGAACAUCUGAUCUUCAUGUAAUCCAAUUUGAGAUUGUUAUUUGGUUUUC